AAUAGAAAGACAACAUAAUGGAAGCAUUGUUAGCAGUCCAAGGAAAGGAUUUUAUACUUACCGCUUCUUCUGGAUCAGCAGUACGUGGAAUUACUGUCCUAAAGUCCGGAGAUGACAAGAGCGAACAGUUGAAUAGUCAUAAUUUGAUGUUAUACUGUGGUGAAGCCGGAGAUACUUCGAACUUUGCAGAAUACAUUUCAGCAAACAUCAAUUUAUAUACUUUAAGAAACAACUUAAUUUUGAGUCCUGAAGCCACAGCAUCUUUCACUAGAAAACAACUCGCUACUUCUCUUCGCUCACGCAAGCCAUACAUGGUUAAUCUAUUAUUAGCUGGAUACGACACUGAAAAAGAAGUUCCCCAACUUUAUUGGAUUGACUAUUUGGCGACUUGUGUUCGUGUUCCUUAUGCAUGCCAGGGAUACAGUUCUUUCUAUUGUUUGUCUUUGUUUGACCGUUACUACAAGCCAGAUCUCUCGCUUGAUGAUGCCAUUCACAUUAUGAAAUUAUGUUUUGAUGAACUGCAAAAACGUAUGCCUAUUGACUAUAAGGGAUUUAUCUGUAAAGUUGUUGGCAAGGAUGGUAUUCAUGAAAUUUCCCUUUAAAAUAAAAAGCCUUUACAUGCUAGAAUGAAUUACCAUUAACGACCCUCAUAUAUCUCAAAUGUACAAAGCUUUGCAAUGGAUUGGAUCAACCCUUCUUGUCGCGUUAUGUUUAGAAUUCCUAGCUGCAUGUUCCGUUCUUUUACUAUUCUUUUUCCGACUAUUUUAUGCUUCAAAGUGUAUAUUUUGUAUUCCCAGCAGUGUUUUUCGAUAUUUGAUAAAUGUUAAGUUAAAGCUACUUUGUAGUAUUUGUGAAAAAACAUAUGUAGAUUGUGCUUGUGGAGUAUUGAAAAAGUAAAUUUACCAGCUAUUGGAAUGAAGUCUUUGUGUACGUAUCCAAUCAAGGAAUUUGUUACAUAAUGAAAUGUAUGGUGAAAAUAGCAUUGUAC